AUGGCCCACGUUCGAGAGGCGUCCCGGUCCUCCCGCUCCGUCGCCAGUUGGAGUUCGGGAGCAGGUCGAGGAGCCUGUUUGGAGCAGGAGGCAGAGAAAGCAGCGAGAAUGGAGCAGACGAUGCGGGGUACACAGGGAGCCCAGGAGAUGAAGCCGGAGCCGUGGCCGGAGCCCCAGCCCUUGUCGGAGAACUUAACAAGGAGGGGCAGUGGCAGCGAGGAGAAGGUGCUCCCUUCCAGCCAGGCUGCUUGUCACACCAGCUCGGUUUGCCCGCGCCGCAAGCCCCGCCCUCAGCCCCAGCCCAGGUCCCGCUCCCGGGGAGGGCGUGGGCUCAAGGCCCCACCCCCGCCUCCCGCCAAACCUCCGCCUCCCCCGCCUGCGCCGCCACCUCCACCCCCGCCCCCGACGCGGUCGGUGGCCUGGCGCAAAUCCAGGCGUAGAUCCAGGCCCAGACCUAGACCCCAAACACGCAAAACCUGCUCUAAUGGCCAAGGCUGUUCUGGGGAUCCAGAGGGCUCAGAGAACAGGUUGCUGGAGGUGGGGUCUGAUAAGGGUCCCACAGGCUGCCCACAUAUAGAAAGCUUAAAAGUAGCUAAAAACUGGCGGAAGAACCUGCGAAUGAUCUAUCAGCGUUUCAUUUGGAGCGGGACACCGGAGACUAGAAAACGUAAGGCAAAGUCCUGCAUAUGUCGUGUGUGUAAUACCCAUAAGAACAGACUUCACUCCUGUCUCUCUUGUGUGUAUUUUGGAUGCUUUACUGAGAAGCAUAUCCAUAUCCACGCAGAGACAAAGCAACACAAUUUAGCAGUCGACCUCUAUCAUGGCUUUAUAUAUUGCUUUAUGUGUAAGGAUUAUGUAUAUGACAGUGAUAUAGAGCAGAUUGCCAAAGAAACAAAGGAGAAAAUUCUGGGACUGAUAAGUUCCACCGCGAUAGAUGUUUCCGCUCAACAGUGUACCUUGGAAGCUGAAGAAAAUCAAUCAACCUGUGAGUCGAAAGAACAGGAGACCACACUGGUAAAACCCAAGAAAAAGAGGAGGAAAAAGACAGAGUAUUAUAUCGUAGGCCUCAGAGGGUUAAUUAAUCUUGGGAACACUUGCUUUAUGAAUUGUAUUGUCCAGGCGCUUACCCACACUCCACUACUGAAAGAUUUCUUCCUUUCUGACAAGCACAAGUGUACAAUGACAAGCCCCAGCUUAUGCUUGGUCUGUGAAAUGUGUUCGCUUUUUCAAGCGAUGUACUCGGGGAGCCAAAGUCCUCAUAUUCCGUAUAAAUUGCUGCACCUGAUUUGGAUUCAUGCUGAACAUCUAGCUGGGUACAGACAGCAGGAUGCUCAUGAGUUUCUUAUUGCGAUGUUAGACGUGCUGCAUAGACACAGUAAAGAUGAUAGCAUCGAGCAGGAAGGUAACCCCAACUGCUGUAAUUGCAUCAUUGACCAAAUCUUUACAGGUGGCUUGCAGUCAGAUUUGACAUGUCAAGUUUGUCAUGGUGUCUCUACAACUAUUGACCCAUGUUGGGACAUCAGUUUGGAUUUGCCUGGCUCUUAUACCUCAGAUAGGGCUAGUAGCACAGUGAGUAGGAAUGGCCCCAAACCAGGAGUUCCCUCACUUACAGAUUGCCUACAGUGGUUUACAAGGCCAGAGGACCUGGGAAGCAGUGCCAAAAUCAAAUGCAGUCGCUGCCAAAGCUACCAGGAAUCUACCAAGCAGCUUACAAUGAAGAAAUUACCGAUCGUGGCCUGUUUUCAUCUGAAACGAUUUGAACAUUUAGGCAAACAGAGACGCAAGAUUAAUACUUUUAUCUCAUUUCCUUUGGAGCUGGACAUGACACCCUUUUUGGCUUCUACUAAAGAAAGCAUAAUGAAAGGCCAGCCAUUAACAGACUGUGUGCCCCGUGAAAAUAAGUAUUCUUUGUUUGCAGUGAUUAACCACCAUGGAACAUUGGAAAGUGGCCAUUAUACCAGCUUCAUACGUCAGCAGAAAGACCAGUGGUUUAGCUGUAAUGAUGCCAUUGUCACGAAGGCCACAAUGGAAGAGUUACUCUAUAGUGAAGGGUAUUUACUGUUCUAUCACAGGCAGGAUAUAGAGAAAGAAUGA